GCCAAACACCAGAGCACCCUAGAAGGUUUAACGAAAAGAAUGCUCAUGUUUGACCCGGUCCCUGUCAAGCAGGAGGUGAUGGACCCUGUCUCGGUGUCCUACCCGUCGAAUUACAUGGAGUCAAUGAAGCCCAACAAGUACGGGGUCAUCUACUCCACGCCUCUGCCCGACAAGUUCUUCCAGGCCCCCGAGGGGCUGUCGCACGGCGGGCAGAUGGAGCCGGUGGACCUGACGGUGAACAAGCGCAGCUCACCGCCCUCGGCUGGGAAUUCUCCUUCCUCCCUCAAGUUCUCGCACCGGAGGGCGUCGCCGGGGUUGAGCAUCCCUUCCUCCAGCCCGCCGAUCAAAAAGUACUCGCCCCCGUCGCCGGGCGUGCAGCCUUUCGGGGUGCCUCUGUCCAUGCCGCCAGUCAUGGCCGCUGCCCUGUCCCGGCAUGGGAUCCGGAGCCCGGGGAUCCUGCCUGUCAUCCAACCUGUCGUGGUGCAGCCCGUCCCGUUCAUGUACACAAGUCACCUCCAGCAGCCGCUCAUGGUCUCCUUGUCGGAGGAGAUGGAAAAUUCGAACAGCAGCAUGCAGGUACCUGUAAUCGAAUCGUAUGAGAAGCCUAUAUUGCAGAAGAAAAUUAAAAUAGAACCCGGGAUCGAGCCGCAGAGGCCAGAUUACUAUCCUGAAGAAAUGUCACCCCCUUUAAUGAACUCUGUGUCCCCCCCACAAGCAUUGUUGCAAGAGAAUCACCCCUCCGUCAUCGUGCAGCCAGGGAAGAGACCUUUACCUGUGGAAUCCCCGGACACCCAGAGGAAGCGGAGGAUACACAGAUGCGAUUACGACGGAUGCAACAAAGUAUACACUAAAAGCUCCCAUUUGAAAGCACACAGAAGAACACACACAGGAGAAAAGCCCUACAAGUGUACGUGGGAAGGGUGUACGUGGAAGUUUGCUCGGUCUGACGAACUAACAAGACAUUUCCGAAAACACACUGGGAUCAAACCCUUCCAGUGCCCGGACUGUGACCGCAGCUUCUCCCGCUCCGACCACCUGGCCCUCCAUAGGAAACGUCACAUGCUGGUCUGAAGGCCUCCGUCUCCCACCCGACGCGACUCCCCGCUCGCCUGACUCUCUCUGACCUCCCUCCCAUGAUCUAACUCAUUUUUUACAUGUACAUUUUAAUUUGGAUUCAGCUGGUCUGAGUCCCUGAAUUUAUAUCACUCAAAACUUC